AUGGCUAUCGCGAACCUAGUCGCAGCCGCCCGCCAUGACUGGCGAUUCUCUAAGCGGUUAAUCCUCUCAUAUGUGCUCGACUGGAUAUUAAUCUUGGCGACCGCAGCCGCAGGCCGCAUUCUUAAGUUCGCAGAACCGAAUAGACACCCAUUUUCGCUUUCUGACCCAAGCAUAUCCUUUCCAUUUACCGUUGAUGAAUCAGUCACAGUUACAGUUUUGGUUCUCGUUAGCCUCGUCGUUCCCGCAGCUAUCAUUCUUCUGGUGUGCAUUUUUUUCAUCCAAGAGCUUACAGCAGAUAAAAAUGCGCCCAAGGCGCGAGUAUGGCAACGCAAAUUAUGGGAGUUGAAUGUUGGAUGGAUGGGGCUGGGCAUCGCUUGUGCUGGGUCGUAUGUAUCUACAGAGGCGAUUAAACUCAUAUAUGGAAAACCACGACCGGAUCUGCUUAGUCGCUUUGGAGGUCAGGGACAAGUUAUCGACGGUGCCCCGAUUCUGGUCUCGUAUACAAUCUGCCAGGAGACCUCGGAAAAACUCACGAGAGAGGGCUUCUGUCUUUUCGCAUGCCUAACCUUACCUGUCUCUCUGGCUUUUGCGCAAAGUUCUCCAUCUCAAUUCCCCACCUCACCCGAAGAUACUAUUACAACAAGAUACUCAGUACUCAACAAACCGGCCCGCUUAGCAAUCACACCCAAAUACCACACAUCCAUCAAAAGCGAACAUGACGGCGAACUCACCCACUCUGACGCAAACCUCAUCCCGAUCAGAAAGCAAUCCGCCGCCCCACCAAUUUACCUCCUUAUCAUCGUCGCCGCACCCAUCGCCACCGCAACCUACAUAGCCUCAAGCCGUUGGGCUGACAACCGCCAUGCCGGCUUUGACGUCCUCGGCGGCAGCCUGCUUGGUAUUUUCUUCGCCUUCUUGGGGUUCCGCUGGUAUCACCCAUCGCUGAGUGUUGGCGGUGCCGGCUGGGCUUGGGGCGCGCGUGCUCCUGAGAAAGCAUUCUUUGCUGGAAUUGGGGUUAAUGGGUAUGUCAAGCAUGAGGGACUGGAAAACGGCCAGACUUCUUCUUCAUUGAGUCCGAGUAACUUGCGUCGGAUAGCGCAAAGCGGAGAUAAUAAUGUCUGA